ACCAAAAUGGCGAACGUGCUUGGGGAAAACGAGCCGUUUGUUAUCUUCUGAAGAAGGCGCAAGAAGCCCCACAAGUUCCCGCGACAUACUUUUCAUGAAAUAAAUCCCGCCGCAGAAGAAGCGGGAUAACAGCGGGGUCACUCAUAUCCUGUUAUUUUUGUCGUAUUUUAAAUCUGUAGAAGCGGAGGUGACCGAAUGAGAGACUCAGGGGUUGUGGAUCACCUGUCUGUCCAUCAGAGAGCCCACCCCCAGCGGCAGCAGCAGGCUCUUUCCUUGUCCCCCACAAGCCUUUCUGCUAGGGUGGAGUAUGGAGAGGACGACAUGUCUGAAAGGUUCACAGAGGGACAGGACGUCUUGGCCCGGUGGUCAGACGGCUUGUUCUACUUGGGGACGAUCACAAAGAUAGAUCGGGACAAGCAGCGAUGCUUUGUUGUUUUUGAAGAUCGCUCAAAGUCAUGGGUUCUCUGGAAGGAUAUUCAGACAGGAGAUGAAGAUGAAGAGGAUGAUGAGGACGAUGACAUUGUAUGCUCCAUAUGCCAGGAUGAAACUUCAGACGAACCCAAUGAGAUCGUCAUAUGUGACAAAUGUGGACAAGGCUACCAUCAGCUGUGUCACUCCCCAAUCAUUGAUGCCACCGUCAUUGACUCCGAUGAAAAGUGGCUUUGCUCAGAGUGUGAGCUCACUGCUAUAUCUAAGAGGGGGAAUGCACAUAGGAGGGGAGUGAAUGCUAAAGCCUUUCUGCAACAGGAGCAUCAUCAGCAACACAUGGAGCUGCACCUGUCUCUCCCAUACGCCCUGAACGAGCUGGUGUGGGACCAAGGCCACAAGACUAACAUCCAGCAGUGCUACUGCUACUGUGGAGGUCCAGGAGACUGGUAUCUGAAGAUGCUGCAGUGUAACAGGUGUCAGCAGUGGUUCCAUGAGGCUUGUCUUCAUUGCUUACAGAUGCCCAUGCUCUAUGGAGAUAGGUUUUAUCUGUUUAUUUGUUCCGUUUGCAAUGGUGGACCAGAGUAUCUCAAUCGACUGCCUCUCAGAUGGGAGGAUGUCACACACCUGAGCCUGUACAAUUUGAGUGUGAUCCACAAGAAGAAGUACUUUGACUCUGAGAUGGACCUGAUGACUUACAUCAAUGAUAACUGGGAGAUGAUGCAGCUGGGGGAGCUUGCCAAGAGUCCAAGAUCAGAGCGAUAUGAAAAUGUCCUGGAGGCGUUAAACAACAACAGCAGCAUGUUCAUGUCAGGAAAGGAGGUAAAGAAAAAAAAGCAUCUGUUUGGGCUGAGGAUCCGUUUCCCUCCUGCUCCUCCCAAUUCUGAUGAGCCAACCAGCAGAGUGAUGGAGCGGGCUUCACAUGAGAUCACCAUCAAGGGAUGCAAGUCUAACAAAGCUCUGGCAGGCAUGAGACCUUGCAGUACUUUAACAAAUGGCACGGAGAAGAAGACAAAGAAGAAAAAGAGGAAGCAAGGAACUCGCUCUCUGGAGGCCCUGGCCAAACCACGACGCUCCAGUGAACUUUUGUCCCAGGAACUAAGAAAGCCUCUACCACUAGAGUCCCACUCCUUGGAUCAUUUAACCUCCAUCAAGAGUGACAGAUCUUUACUGUCGUCUCGAACCUCAGAUGUGGAAUCUAUAGGAGCCCUGAGCACCACAGAAACUACCUCAACUAGCAUUUCAAGACAGUCCAGCCUCUGUAGCUCCAGCAAGACUCGCACCACAGCCUGCAUCAUGCCUGUUUCCCCUCCACCCUUAAAAAGGAAACGUGGGCGGCCACGACGGGCGCUGCAGCCCCCAAACCCGGAGAUCCCCCCUCCCAGUCACGCAGACCCAAACCCCACUGCCACAGAGAUGCUGAGUGCUCUGCCGGGGCUGCACUCCACAGACAUAGUUCAUGGCAUGGACCCCAACAGUCAGCUCUCCCACCUUAAGAACUCCAUCAGCAGCUAUUUCGGAGCAGCAGGGAGGCUGGCUUGUGGGGAAAAGUACAAAGUUCUGGCUAGGCGGGUGACCCUGGACGGCAAGGUCCAGUACCUGGUGGAAUGGGAAGGAGUCACCGCCUCCUAGACUUGUCACAGUCGUCGUCAUCACUUAACGAGCGCCACACAGGAGGCGUAUGGCUGUGUGAAGGACAUGUGUACACAGCCUGUAUUCACAGCAUUAAUUGAUAUAUGCCUUUGUUUAGUUUAGGCAGGAGCAGUUUUGCCUGUUAAGCUUACUGCAAAGCCUACCGGUUCAGUGCAGUCCAGUGGGUAUAUAUGUCCAUAUAAACAUUUGUCCCUUCCUCAUGUGAUUGAAAAAUUACAUUUCAUUGAUGAAGAUGAGGCUUUGUCAUCAUACAGCCAUGUUUGUGUUAUUCUGCUUUUUAACUUUCAUGAUCUGCUUUCAAUGUUUACAGAAACCCCCAUUUAUUCAGGGGUAAAUAACCAGUCAGUGCACUGCACCUGUAGGCUUUCAGUCAACCGUUAUUGUGGUCGAUUUUUAACCCAGUGAUAUGCUUUUCAUUGUCAGACCAGGUAAGUAUGAAACUAAGUUUUUCAAGAGAAUGUAGUCCGUCGGGUAUGAAUUUGUGAAACGUGGUGGAUAAGAAUAACAGGGGAAGUUUUGUUUAAAGGAGCUGUCCUUAAUUUUUACUACUGCAAUCAUGCAGGGUAAAGUUACAUCUUGUUUGGUUAACAUUUAUUUUCAUACAAUAUUUGGUAAAUAAAAAUGUGUCUCUUUUUUUAUAUUAGUGUCCCCUCCUUCUCUAGUCCCAGCUGUGAGCACCUCUUGUUGCCUUUGGCAGACAUAUCCUUCAGUUCGGUUUUGGAAAGUGCGCUUGUGUGAGCACUUCAGGAGGAGCUCAAAACGAGAGAUGUGCUGCUGCAAAUGUUUAUUAUUUUAUAUAGAAUUAUACUACAUUUAAUAUUACCUUUUCUACUUUUAUUUCCUAAUUAUGCCCUUUUCUGUUCAGCAGGAUAGACUUAUCUGAUUUUCUUUUUUUAAUUAUGGAUUGCACAUAAAAUUAUGUUAGCCUGUCAUCUCAUCUAAAACUGGUUGUCAGCUGAAAAACUGAGAUUAUGGCAGCAUUUCUCAUACAAGAUUCAGUUUGAAUCUUUGUUCAAAUCAAGUGAGAUUCAAAAGAGAUCCAAGAUUGUUAUUCCGACAUAAAAUGUAAAUUUUGUUUUCAUGGUAAAGAUUUUUUUUUCAAGAAGCUUUGACAUCUAGGUUUAUACAUUCUUUAAAGGGUUAUGAUUGAAAUUGAUUUAAAAAAAAGACUUAUCUUUGAAACUAUAAGGACCUGUCAAGUUUUUAGUUAUUAAAAAAAAUAAAGUGCUGCAUCAGAUGACUGUUGUAUACCAAGUUCACAUACCUAGAGUCCAUAUUUGCAAUGUUUGUGCUGCCUAUGCAAGUUCGUCUUGGAAAAAAUGUUCAGUCAUGUAAUUGGACCAUAUGGCUUUAAAAAGGGGAGCAUCAGCAUUGUUAUUGUGGUGAUUUUGACUCAGGCGCCUUUUGCAACAAGUGCAACUAGAUAUUGACAUUUUAAAAAAUGCGAUUUUUUUGUUUUGUUUUUUUGUUCUAGUCAAGUUUUUGUAGUCCACACACUCAGGAUAUGCCCAUUGCCCAAAUACUUCACUGUAUUGCAUAGGCCAGCAUUUGGAGCGUAACAGGAGGUUUAGAUGUAAGUUAUUCAGUAAAUGUUGUUGGUCAGUAUUUUUAUAUCAGGUCCUACAUUUGUCAUAUUAAGUAGGGCCACAUGUAUGUAUGUAUGUACUCUCUUCUUUUUUUUCUAUGAGCAAAAUCAUUUGUAGUCCAUUUAACUGCUACACUUGCUUGUUUAUACUGAGUCAGAAAACAAUCACUGGAAAACUAACUAAGCUGUAUGUUGCAAGAGGUAAAUAAUUGGUUAGUGUCUCUUUUUGGAGAUGUUAAAAAUGGACAGACCUUAUUUUUAUCUCUUUGAGGAUGUAGUCAGUGCAUUUGAAGUUUCUCUCCUCUGUUCAGCCAGGUCUCAGCCUACAUGUGGCUGUCACUGGCUCCCUGCAGGCUGCUGCAGCCAAAGAUCAUACAUGUACUGUCUGCUUUGUCCUUGAGAGUGUUCUUAUUACAUUUUUAUACAUCAUUAUAUAGGCUGACGUGUAACUUCUGAGCCUGUUUUUUGUUAAAGGAUAAAUAAAACCCGAUA